AUGGUCGUCUCGGGUACACCCCGAGGACCAGCCGACCCCGGUCCCCCAGUCCCGAGGAGCGAGUCCUCGGACCACGACGCACAGGCUUCCUCGAGGCCCGCUCCGGCGAUCACGGCCCCUCCGGGACCCGUUCCGGAGUCCCCCGAGUCCGCGCCCAUGGACGCCCAAGUAGCAUUGGCCCGGUCGUUCGUAAUGGUAGCGAUGGCUGGGGAAACUCUCGACGCGGAGCCCGCAGUCUAUUAUCACCAAGGUUCUGACUUCGUGCCUUUAGACAUGCUCAAGAACCAAAUGGCAUAUCUCCCCGACCUUAGCGAUCUCCGGCCUGAGGCUAACAUCGAAGAUGCGAUCGUCGGUGAUCCCGGGGAGUCGGACCCCGACGAGGAGGAGCGGCUCCGGGCCGUCCUCCGGAAGCAUCGUAUGAUUUUUUUGGGAGAAGGGAAUGCACUUCCUCCCCCGCCCGGGGAGUAG